UGUAAUUUCUGGUCGAAAUUUCAAAAAUCCAGUUUGUCUUGCUCGAAAAAUAAUGGAAAAAACACCACAAUGUGCUCUUUAUGGUGAUAGUGCUCUUUAUGGUGAUAGUGCUCUUUAUGGUGAUAGUGCUCUGAGAUUUGCUCAGCAUCAUGGAUUGGAUUGGUGCGAACCGAAUGAAUUGUUAAAUGGACAGAGAUGUCUUCCACAUAAAUAUCACAAGGCUUAUGUGAGAUAUUUUAUGGAGGGAGGACUUUUCCUGCUGAUGCGCCUGAAAUUAGACCUGAAGAAGUUGACACUUGCGAUUGUGCAUGUGCUGUUGCGAUUGAUAGAGAUGGCAAGUGGCAUGUGCAACGUCAACAGGAGGUAUGGCCGGCAAACUUAAAGGUCGUGUUAGUGACACUGCAUUAGUUGGUUGUGGUGGAUAUGCAAAUGAUAAAAAGCAGCUGCAGCAACUGGUCAUGGAGAGAAAUUGAUAAAAUUGAACUUUG